AUGGUAAGGAUCACACCCCAGAGAGACCCGAGUCGAGAAAAAUCACACGCCACGAGGGAUAUUUUCAGUACUGGCCGGAGAUCUGCCAUCAGUACGUCGGAGUUUGGUCUGUACUCUGAUUACAGCGAUCACUACAAAUUCGACACGUACGGCAACACAAUUCGCAAAUUCGUCAUUGGAGUCAUGGUUGUUGUCUCCGUGAUAUUGAUCGGCAUAUUCCUGUACGACUUUGCGUCGAGCGCGUCGGUGAGCAGCAAAGCCAGCCAGGAGACGAAGCACAUCUACGUCCUGCAGAACAGCCUGAGAAAGGGCCUGGCCGUGACGAAAAGGCCCAACGCCACGCUCCCACCCAGCGUGUACAUCGUCAACACGAGCAGGGAGACGCUCUUCGAGGAUCGCUCGGAUGACGCUCGGAAGGUCGAGUUCGAGACCGCGCUGCCCGAUAAUGAGACCCGCGAGCAGAGGAUGGCUAUCGACGAGCACGACCCGGUGGAGUCGAGGGCGCAGAAUUUGGAGAACUUCAAGCACCGCGGUGGCCUUGUGAAGCGCCUCCACGAGCAAAGCGACGUCUUCGACAACCACGCGAUCGACUACCGAGUCAAGCUCAAGGUGCCGUCGGGGAUGGUCGACGAGGACAGUAGCGACGAGGAGACCCACCGGGGAAUUCCGUUCAGGUUCGAGCUGAAGGGCCCGCACCCGGCGUCGUUCAAGCGGCUCAAGUACCCCCAGCUCGGGCAGUACCGUUACCACCCGCACGCGACGAGGAACAUCCAGGACGUGAUAAAGUACCUGGUGAGCGACCCGGACACUCUCAAUCGGGGCUUCAAGUUCACGGGGUUCUACGUGAAUCCGAAAAAGUACGACAGCGGCCAUCCGGAUAUAGGGGUCGUGGCGAUGAACGGCGACAGGUCGGAGGAGCAGGAGAGCGCCGCUUACGCCGUUGGUGCCGAUCCGCUGUACCAGUACAAGCCGAAACACCCCACCGACGUCAACCUGCUCGCUACCUCGAACUUCAGAUUCUCGCCUCUGGAGGUUCAGCGCUACAACUCGUACUACGACAAGUACUACCAGAGGCCAGGCCCCGCAAAGCCCCUGUACCCGGUGCACCACGAGAACCAAUACGAGAACACGGUCGCCUACAAUCCCCCGGUGGUUUACAACAAGAAAAAAAAGCCAAAGCCGUUCAGCGUGAUGCUGGACAUAUACCCGAUCACCGAAGGGCUUGAUCAGUCGCAAAAAGCUCCGCGAUCCAAGCCACAGGUGAUGAUGGACGAGCCCGACUCGCGUAGACCCUUCGACCCCUACAACAUGGCCACGCGACACCCAAAGCUAUACGGGCUGCAGGUACCAACGCCCUACGUGGCACAUCAGCCGUCCGAGGACGACGACAAGCACCAGAUGAUCCUCCACCUUAACCUCUACCCGAAAAAGAAGAACAAGCAAACUAGAAACGAAAUAAUCAACCGAUCGCAGAGCGGGCCACCAGAGUCCGAGAACGAGCGUAUAUUCAACAGAAUGAUCAUCCCCUUGGACGCGAUAGCCAAACACCUGGAGGAUCAAGCGAUGGAUUCUCGGGACAGCGAGUCGUCGAGUUUGCGUUACGAGGAAACUCUGUUGGCAAAGGAGGAGGUCGAACUGACCGACGAGUUUCAGGCCGACAAAUUCGUUGCCACGGCGACCAGUGCCGAAGACGCUGCUUCGACCACGAAUAUACCUGAGAGUGAUAGCGGUAAAAACAGCACAAUGGCCACUGUCGAGGACCUUACCACCACUACGUCCACGGAAACCAUCAUCAUCGUCGAGGAUACCACUCCCAGGAAAAAGGACUCUCCCGACAUCGACACCAUCGAGGGCUUCCAACAAAANCCACAACCACCUAAGCAACCACAAUAUCCUACUAGACCUCAACCGCCACCGCAACCACCUAAGCAACCAUCGGAACCUAUACCUCCUAUAAGCCCUCCAUCAACGGAUGGGUACAUUUAUUCAAAACCAAAUAAGACUUUCUCCUAUCCAACCACAACAACAACAUCUCAACGGACCUCUACAAAUUCACCUAAACAAAGCUCAACCUCCCCGUCAACUAACGGUUACAUUUAUCCUAAUCCGGAUCAAACUGUCACCUAUCCAUCGAAAGAAACAACAACGACAUCCCCAAGACCGCGACCUCCUACAACAACUACCACGAGACGAACGACGUAUCCAACCACAACAACACCUCAACGGACCUCUACAAAUUCACCUAAACAAAGCUCAACCUCCCCGUCAACUAACGGUUACGUUUAUCCUAAUCCGGAUACAAUUUUCACCUAUCCAUCGAAAAAAACAACAACGACAUCCCCAAGACCGCGACCUCCUACAACAACUACCACGAGACGAACGACGUAUCCAACACCCCCGACAUAUUUACCUCCAGGCCCCCCGAGUACAACAACAACAACGACAACUCCACGACCAACUACAUCGCCAAGAACGCGACCUCCUACAACAACUACCACGAGACGAACGACGUAUCCAACACCCCCAACAUAUUUACCUCCAGGCCCCCCGAGUACAACAACAUCGACAACUCCACGACCAAAGCCAUCAACCACUCAGCCACCUCAAAAAUUAUCUACGCGACCAAAAAUACCACCCACUGGUCCAACAUAUUUACCUCCGCAAUCCUCCACUACUAGUAAGAGAUAUUCACCUAUUCCUACUUCUACGACACCUCGGCAACCACCACGUCAAACAUCUAUAAUUACCUCUCCCCGAACACCACCAACGACACAACCAAGUACCCGAGCCACCUAUUUGCCUCCAAAUCCUGAUAAAAAACCUAAUCCCCCACCAUCUCCAACGCCUCCACCAACUCCUAGUAGGCCACUACCGUACUUGCCACCUUCAUCUCCUAGACCAAGCUAUCCGACGAUUCCUGUACCUCCAUAUCCGCCAGUAAUAUACGGCAAUCUGACAAAAACAACGACCACCACAAGAAGACCACCUGGUCCGCCAGCACCAGGUCCAACAUUCCCUACUCCCACUAGCAGACCAUAUCGAGGAUACAGUUACCCGAUCCCCGAAAUUUCGUUUGAUUAUCGGUAA